AAACAUAAGAAGAGAAGUGGCCCUACAGCUUGAAGUGUUUUGUGACUGUCUGCUGGACUCAGGGAGGUGGCAUCAGGGGACGGCAGCCACGUGACCCCGGCUGCAGGGAUUGGCGGAGCGCCGGUGUGACAUCACGGAGCCUCCCACUGCCUCCCCUCCUCUCCCGGCCCAGUCUCUCCCCGCUCCUCUCCUCUCUCCCUCCUCUGCCUUUCCUCAGCAUCCCCCCUCUCGGAGAUGGCGUUUGUCGGUGUUGCUCAGGCAUCUGGGGCCUAGUCUGCACAGAUUGCAUCCCCUUCCAGCUGGUUUAUCCACGUUUUAGGGGAGGUGGGGCUGCGUCCUUCAUCACUCGUGCAGCUCUUUAAUGUGAGGGGAGUCAGGUCCUUGAAGAGGAUUUGGGGGGAAAUCGUGCGGCUGCUGCUGGUGGUGGUGGUGAGGAUUUGGCGACAGCAUGCCCUGCCCAGGCUGCCCCUGACCGGCCGGAUCUCCCCCUGUCCACCGCCUGCGCAGCAGAGGGCAACAUAGGAUGAAAAUCUGCAACCAUGAUGCAAGGACUGAAAAACCGAACCAGGAAAGCCCUGGGUUUACGAAAGAAAGAGAAGGACACAGACUCGAGCUCACCUGACAAAGAAGGAGGUGGAAAGAAAGGAAAUAAAAAGGCAAACGGGGCUCCUAAUGGUUUCUAUGGGGAGAUCGACUGGGACAGAUAUGCCUCUCCAGACGUGGAUGAGGAGGGCUUCAGCCUGCGGCCUGGGGAUGGAGGUGAUGCAGCUUCCAAAGAAAAGCACUUUUUCUCCUCCAGUGACUCAGAAGAGGACGAGGACAGCAAGAAGAAGUUCAAAAUCCGGAUCAAACCGCUGGUGUCGGACAGCCCCAGACGCAUCCCUCCCUCCAUGGAUGAGCUGAAAGCCUCAGUGGGAGGUCUGGCGCUCUCCCCUUCUCUGAAGAGAAGUCCGAGACGCAGUCCGAGGCUGAUAAAAAGAAAUUUGUCAUGUGAGGAAAUUGCAAGACCCCGGCGUUCCACCCCGACACCGACAGCUGCUCCUGAGAUACAGAGUGACUCGUUACAGCAAACCUUUGUUCCACCUUUGUUUGGGUUUCCUUCAGAAAGCAGAUACAGCAGAUAUGAUGUGGUACCCGGUUGUGUCAGAGGAGAAUCUCGACCUCGGUCUGAAUCCCAACUGAGCAGAGGUUUUCCUACAGGAGCUCCUCCUCCUCUUCCUCCAAAAAACAUUCCAUCGAGGAGCCAAUAUGGCUGCCCUUCAGACUUCGCAGUCGAUCUACCCAAUGGCAGGGCAGCUCGCAGCUCUGCCCCCAUCUACCUGAACGCCCUCUCCCCAGCUUCUUACCGAAGCUCGCCGGCGCCCGACCUGGACGACGUGUUUGGCCCAGUGGACAGUCCCCACACUCGAGAGGAGACGGCGUCCCCCAGAUGGGUCACUUUUACAGACGACAGGCCUCCCCCGCCGGACGAACCCGCUCCCCCACCACCUCCUGACUCCCCUCCCCCAGACACACCCUCAUCCACCCCUUCAACUCCCUGUUUCUCACCGGGACCGCCGCCAAAUGAACCCCCUCCAUUCCCCCCACCAUUUUCUCCCAGGUCUCCUCCUCCAUUUACGCCUCUGGACUCUCCCCCCUCCAUCGUGCUGGGACCCCCUCCUCCAGACGAACCCCCUCCCCUGCCCCCUGACUUCUCUCCCUGUAGUUCCCUCCCUGUGUCCCCUGAAGAGGAGGCGGUGGACCAGGAGGUGCUGCAGUUUGCAAGGUACGCCUCCUCAGCUCCCCCCAUCAGCUCCUUCCCCCCACUGCCAACGGAGCCGAGGUCUCCUCGAGUAGGAGUCACGUCCCCUCUCGUCCAUGGGGUUGUGGGAGGAAAGCGGACUCCGGAGGGGGUGUGUCAGAGAGACGAUUUACCAGACAUGACAUGCUCUCCCAGGGAGCUGACGCCCAGCUUCAGGGGCACACCCCCGCCUCUUCCUCCAACCACCUACAGGUCCAUCAUGUCUUCUCCAGGCCCACACUCAGGCAGCAGUCCUUCAUCUCCAGUUCGUCCAACCACUCCUCAGUCUCGAGGCAGCCCGAUUCCUCCACCUCCUCCUCCUCGUCCAUCUUCAAGACCAAAGCUGCCACCAGGAAAGCCAAUCACAGACCUGAGUCGCUCAUUCAGUCCUCCGGUUUCGGGCAGCCCUCCGCCUUUUGCGCCCCUGGCCCGAGCAGAGAGCUCUUCUUCCAUCUCCUCCGUUACCUCGCACAGCGCGGCGUCCACUCCCACCUUAGGGAAAGACCUCAACAUGCCCUCCACAGGGUGCUCCAGGGGACCCAGCCCACUGACCAUGGGACCCCAGGACACUUUACCUGUUGCAGCUGCUUUCACAGAAACCAUCAAUGCCUACUUCAAAGGCGCCGACCCCAGCAAGUGUAUGGUGAAGAUCACUGGAGAAAUUGUGCUUUCCUUCCCUGCAGGCAUAACUAGACAUUUUGCCAGUCACCCAACUCAACCCAUCCUCACUUUUAGCAUCAGCAACUACAACCGACUGGAGCAGGUCCUCCCCAACCCGCAGCUGCUGUGCUGUGAAUCCACCACAAAUAUUGUGGAAACCAAGGAGUUCUGGGUAAAUAUGCCAAACCUGCUGAGUCAUCUGAAGAGAGUGGCUGAACAGAAGCCCCAGGCCACCUACUACAAUGUAGAUAUGAUCAAAUAUCAGGUGUCUGCAGAGGGGAUUCAGUCCACUCCUCUGAACCUGGCGCUGAGCUGGCGGAGUGACGCCACCAACACAGACCUUAGAAUAGACUACAAAUACAACACAGAGGCCAUGGCUGCACCAGUGCCGUUACACAACAUCCAGUUCUUGGUCCCGGUAGAUGGAGGGGUAGCCAAGCUGCAGGCCAUGGUCCCUCCUGCCAUCUGGAAUCCAGAGCAUCGGACCAUACAGUGGAAUAUCUCCAGUCUGUCUCAUAGGUCAGAAAACGGAGGAGUAGGAGCUCUCCUGGGCCGGUUCCAGAUGGUUGAAGGUCCCUGUAAACCGUCCCAGCUGGCAGUCCAGUUCAGCAGCGAGGGAAGCACUCUGUCCGGAUGUGACAUCCAGCUGGUUGGGACCGGCUACCGGCUGUCGUUGGUGAAGAAGAGAUUUGCUGCAGGGAAAUAUUUGGCGGACAACUAGAGGACUUGUUUAUGAACAGAGCCAGGAGAAUUAAUGACUUUCGACUGUAAAGAUGACGGCUAUGUCUCAUUUUUAGUGCACUUCAUAACUCACGGGGUUGACACCGUGUUCAGUAGACUGAUCCGCUGCUGAGUUUUAUGCAAGCAAAUACAAAUCAUUCAUUGUGUGCAAUUGAAACCAUUAUGUGGAGUAAGAACCUGAGGAAACCCAGAUGAUUUUGUUCUUGCUAACUGUUAAAACUGUAGAUUUCAUGCAGUGAUCCAGUUUUUUUCAAGUUUACCAACUGGUUGUCUUUGCAAAUGCUCCGCAAAAGAUCAUUUGACAGUGAAACCAAUCUGGUAAAGGUGAGAUGCUUUGAAAAAGAGAGGCAGAGGCUGCUGUGGCCACGUAGGAAAACAAAUUUGAAGCUUAUUGUACUAUUUAAAGUUCCACCUCAGAUUCAUUUUACUUCCACUGUGUGUGAUUGUUUGUAUUUCCAAUCAAACCGAAUAUUUCCUUUCAUUUAGAAAGCUCAGAAAAUGUUCAAUUUCAUUUAUUCUGUACAAAGAAAACCAGUCUAUUUUAAACAGAAAAAAAACACAUCAAUUUGAAUGUUGGGUUGCUUUUGAUGGGGUUUUUCACUAAAGUAUUAUCAUCAGUGAGUAAGAUCUCAACGUGCUAGUAUUCCAUAUUUUGUAAAGAAGUGAAAAAGGACGGCACAUUCUUACACUGACAGUAACCUAAUUCCAAACUUGGUAAAGCUUCUUUUUUAUAAUUUUAGUGACAAGUUUUCUGAUAAUUCUAUGACAAUAUCUAGAAUUAGAUUACAGAGUUCACAUUUUUCAAAAUAGCAAGUUGUUUAAAGAAAAGCUUGAAAACCCUUUUCGACAAGCUAAUAAAUGAAUAAUAUUUCAACAAAAUUCAGUUUAUGUGCAAAAUAUCAGAAUUAGUGCCAUCACCAUCAAUCAUAACAGUGAGCCAAUAGUGGCUGUGCAAUACUUCCUGUUUUUUAUAUCAUUUCCUGAGUUUAAAUGCUAUUUAUUAUAAUUUGUGUUUAGUUAAAUAGAAGGUGAAGGAUCUAGCAGCUGCUUUCGUAUGAUCUUUUUAGAAAACUCACCUAAAAGUCAUACGUUUAAGAAAGCUUUGAGUGUUUACGACUCAUGCAGAGACAGAUCCGAGAGUGCCAUAUGUUAAGGAGAAGGACCUCCUGGUUCCCUGAGGAAUCCUGGUUGAUGAUUGCAGGAGCUGCCUUUGAUGCUGCUUAAAAUCCUGGACAUUUUUAUUUACUUUUUAAUUUUUUUGUGGGGGGAUAAGGUCUUUAUAGAAAGCAAGAGUACAAUAAUAUAAAUAAGUAAGUCAGUUACCCCUCUUUUAACCCAAUAAAAUUCAUCCUGAAACAUUUACUCUGAGGUUUUAGUGCCACGCAAAUGCAAACUUAAACACAGCAAUACAGGUUUCUCCACAUUAUUUCAAGAAAAUAAAGCUUAAAAAACUAAAACAAAGUGUGCAAUAAGCCCUCUCAUAUUUCACCUACUUGGAAAUUAAACGUUUGCAUCGCUGAUAUUAAUCAUUAUGGAAGUACAGUCAUUUAGUACAUUGAUCUUUGCCGCAUUGCUUAAGUUCAUGGGGUUACUGACCUUUUAUUUAUGUCCUGCUGCAUCAUUUCAGGGCCUACUAAUGCUAGGUGAGCCGUGGUGAACCGUGCCACAGCACAAUUGUUGGAGUUCUCCCAGGACAGGGGUCACUUUGCUCACAACAGCUUGUGCCUGACCUUGGAUGUCACUGUUUUUACACACCUCAUACUGUAGGUGGCAGGAAAUGUUAUAGGGCUAAGAGCAUAUUAUUUUUUAAUGUGGUUCGUGUUGUGGAGCACCUUUUUAGUUUGUUUUAAACCAUUAUGAGCAACAAUUGGCAUUAUGAGAUUUGGAAAAUCUUGCUGCCUUUGGAGAUCAAACCAGAUCAGUUUAGCAUCAGUGUCCGCAUAUUAGCUUAUAUAUAUAUAUGCUGGAGCACAGAACGUGUAGGUUAAACAAGCCAAAAAUCUUGUUUUGAGUUUGAAGUCAAGUGUACUCGGGUACACUUAGGAUUGCCUUGUGUGAACAGAUCUAUCAAUUUCAACCCAAUUUCAACUCAAACUGGCAUCAAAUGCGAGUUCCCCUCUUACAUCUGAUGCUACGUGCACACCGGGCAUGUGUGAUGCAUUCAAAAACUCGCUAUACGGGCGUGCUUGAACUUUUAGCACCUAUUUUCGCACAUGUACUCACAGUUGGAAGAGGCUGGGUGCGAAAUGUUGGACAUUUCACUCCAGACUUUUUUUUCACAGUUCUAUUCCAAUAUAUGAAAUACUUGGUUUCAUAUAAUUCCACCAAAUGGCAAUUGAUCAUUUCUUAUUCAUUAUUAAUUUUCAAAUGGUCGGUACUUCUGUGUUUUGAAAAGGACGCUAUCUGUACGUCACUACCAAAUCAGAGUCCCAGAUUGGUCAAAAUUCAACUGGUUUUACUUUUGUCCAUAGAGCCCGAAAAUGAACUUAUAGGCUAAAUCCAAAUUCUUCCCUUAACCCUACAUUUAGUCCUCCAAAAGUAGAAUUACAGAAAAAUUGUGUUUUCAAAGUCAAAUGUCACUCCCACUCGAUGAUGUCAUCAAUAGUCGCCUGUCAGCUACGUUAGCGUGGAGCUGCUAUCGCUUGGAAAUACAAGACUUUGGUUUUAUAACUUUAAAAAGCUCAUGCUAGAACAAAAAUCUAUUUCGGACAACCCUGUCCCCUCAAGUACCCCUACAAUUGGAGGGAUAGGGGACGAACUCGAAUUCUAAUUCAGACAAAAAAUUGCUUUUCAUUUUCAUUGAAAGUGGGCGCUUGGACGCACGUUUCCGAGCCCGGUGUGAACGUACCACGAUUGGUGUUGCCUAUGUUGUAUUUGUUUUCAUCUCCUUCGGUUGGAUUUCUGCUUACGAAAACAUGGCGUAGCCAGGUUGAACACAAUGUGAAGCUGUGACACCGAGAGCCACAACAGCAAGACCAUUUCCUUUUUGUUUGACAAAAAGAAAAAAAGUUUUGCACUUUCAUGUAGGACAGUCGGAAACAUCAGAGUAACAAAAAAAGUAUAUUUAUUAAAACAGCACUAAUACAAUCCUUGACUUAUUUCCUUCCCUCAAUGUCAAAUAAAUGUGAUAUUUUUUUCUAAUAGCAAUAUUUAAAAAUGUAAGUAUAAAAAGUGUACAUACAAAGUUAUGGUUCAAAUAUUUCUCUGGGCAAAUUGAUGUUUCUGUGAGUGUCUCUUGGUUUGUUGAUGUCAGCACUCAUCAUGCGUUUGAUUGAGAGCACUCGGCGCUCUGUUCAUCUCACAUGCAGGUCUCCCGGACGACACGAAUCGUCGCAGGUCCUGCAUGAGAGCCGCAUUUGUCCACCACCACUCCCAACAGUGUGAUUUUGGGUUUGUCUCAAUGCAGCUGUUGUGUACCGUGUGCUAUGGGAUGAGACUUAUUCCUCCAUUUUUAAGUCUCCUCUCACUGUUUUGGUGUUCGGGAACCCAUCGUCAUUAUACUUGGCAUGUCAUUGGUAUACCUACAACCAUGCAAUAUUAGGUGUUUGAUAUCAUCCUGUGUUCGACUGGCACACAAAUCUUAUUUGUGGAAAAAGGUCAUUGCUUCAUGUUCAUCCUUCGUGGACAUCACAUUGUAUGGAAUGUUUUGUGUUGACUUAACACUUUGGGCCUGAUAAUAAGACUGAAUAUAGUUUCUUAGAAAAGACAGAUUGUUCUUUCAGCUCACUUUAUGUUCAGUAUUUUUGAUUUUGUAUUUUUUGCCUUAUUUUGAACAGAGUAAUAUAUUAGUACCUGAUGUUUUCUGUACAUUUCUUUGGUCCACUACAGCAUCGGUGCUGUAAUCCUUCACUGCAUUAAAGGGGAUUAUGCAAUCAUCUAGUGUAAAUUUCUCAUCCAAAGACUUUGAAAUUAAAUUCAUGGAUUGAAUAAUCUAAAA